AUGGCACUUAAGCGUGGGGCGAGCGAAGAGGCUGGUAGCAGUCGGAACAAAAGGAAGAAGAGGGAGGAAGAGGAUGAUGAUGAGGAAGUAGAAUCAUCAUCGUCGUCGUCUGGUGAGGAAGGAGAUGAUGUAGAGAGCGGCAGUGGAUCCGACUCGGACGACUCUGGUUCUGAUGGGGGAGGCAGUGAAGGAGAGGAGGAAGAGGAGGAGACCGGCCGUUCUCCAGGGAAGUCACCGUCUAAGGUUACCGCUAUGGGAUUUGAGAAUGACGGCUUUGUUGUUGAUGAUGAGGAUAAUGAAGGGAGUGAUGAUGGUGAUGGCUCGAGUGAUAGCUCUUCUAGUGAGGAUGAGGCUAGUGAUCUAGAUCCAGAUGAUAUCGAUGAUGGGGAUCUCCUUAUCGUCAAAGAGACCAAUCCUGAAGCAUAUGCCCGUAUUAUGGCGAGGAAGGCCGCAGCGGCUAAGGCGGGCGAGGGUAAUGCCGACUCGGGCGGUGCGGCUGUGGGAGCUGAAGGUGGCUCGUCUGCCGCGGGUGGGACUGGCGGGGAUAGCUCUGAUGAUGAUAGUCUAUUGGGAGGAAGGAAGAAGGGAUUUUCCAGGCUGAAGAAACAAAAGGACUUCACCAAAGCCCAGCAUAUAACGGCGACCUCUGCUGAUGCUCUGGAAGAUCGUUUAUUCGACGAUGACGACUUUGCGGAUGUCGCGGGUGGCGGCGGUGAGCAGGGUAGAUCCUUGGCAUCGCGGGGGGACCGCAGGGAUGAAGAUUCGGAUAACGAUUCUCUUGCUGAUUUCAUUGUAACUCGGGUCCGUGAGGCUGGUGAUGCAGGGCGUGACGAUGAUGACGAUGAUUUACCGAAUAGGGGACGUGAAUACGCUGAACGAUACGGAGAGGACAUGGCGGGUUUGCUGCAGGAGAUCGAUGAAGUAUUUGGUGAUGCUCGAGUAUUGAACCUAGCAGCGGGUCGUAUGUCGGCUAUGCAGCAGCAACAGGAGGAGGAUAGGGAUGUUGAUAUGGCUGAGGGUGGCGGUGUUGCUACAGCUGAUCCUGAGAAGGAUCUUGAGGCUCGAUUUGAUCCUGAGGAAGUUGCUGCCAGAUUUGUCACUGCGAAGGACCAAGCUAUAGCUAGGGCCAAUAUCCCUGAGCGUUAUCAAGCUGUGUAUGGUCCUAACACUGCGGCCCGAUGCAUUGCAGCGUUUAAGGCGGUCCCUGUAGCGGUGGGAGCUGAAGGGAUGGCAUUGGACCCAGCUGAGGCUGAGUCGGCUGCUAGGGCUGCUACUGAUAAGGAGAUGUAUAAUCAGGAGUGGAGUAUAGAGGCUAAGUGGAUAUAUGCCAAGAUUAGGGAGAGGGCGGAUGUGUUCGCGAAUCCUGAUGCCUACUCCACUACUCCAGCCUCCUACUCCCAGGUCUUCGCUGAUGACACCUACAAGUUUCAGAUCAUCCCACUCAUUGAAGUGCUCCUUAGGGAUGUCAAAGGGCGAGGUUAUGAGAUACCCACCAUAUGGAACGGGAUGUUGCGAUGUAAGUAUCGUCCAGUUCUGGAGGAGCAGGACCUCUGGACUAUCAUGGACUUCGAUAGGCAGUGGGUUGAUAUAAAGAAAGUGAAGCAGAAUAUGGCGGAGAAGCUCCAAGGCUACAAGGAUUCGUUACAGCGUGCCUUGGACAUCGACAACGAGCUGAUGGAACAGGCUAUCACUGAGCAUGCUGAUAAGGAGGCCAUGUCGCCGGAGUUACGGGAUCGAGUUGUGAAGGCCAACAGCCAGAUAACGAUGAUAUUGGCCCGUCUGGACGACCUGUCGAGUUCACAGAUAGAGGAGACCUACGCUGAGGCUCUGAAGGAUAUUUCUUUGAUGAUAUCGGUCCAAGUGGAGCCUAAGCUCCGGCGUCUGGAGAGCACGGGGCUGCAGAGUUUGGCUAUAGUGCACAAAUCUCAUUUGCGUGUUGACGACUCGUUGUACAGAGUUAUUACGGAUGCCGGCUUGGACAAGGCCCUUGAGGAGGUCAUCGGUAUGGACUCUCAACAGCUCGGUGAGUCCCUCUUGGUUGGCCACAACUUCGCUCCAGCAAUCAUCGACCGACCCCCUCUAGCUGACUGGGUCCAUGCCCAAUGCCAGGGCAAGUCGGGUCUCAUCUUUCACAAUGAGAGGAGACUGGUCGACGCUUUAGCUCAGUUUACGGCUAGGAAUAUAGUAGAUGCUAAUAUCAAGAUCUACCUACGUUGUAGACCGACCGGGAAUGCUACCAAUAGGAUACAUCCAUCUGUUGAAAAUAAUACGAUCGACGUCAGGGUAGGACCUGAUGAGGAUGAGCGAGGCAUUGAGGUGACCAAGAGCUAUAUAAACAAUUCUCGAAAUCGGUACCGCUUCAAAUGCGACAAAGUGUUCGGAAUGGCUGCUCGCCAAGAUGAUAUUUUUGACGUCGUAGCUCGACCAACAAUAGAAGAGUGUCUGAAGGGAAUUAAUGGAACGAUAUUCGCAUACGGCCAGACCGGGUCAGGAAAAACCUUCACUAUCACUGGAGGCACUGAAAGGUAUGUCGAUCGGGGAAUAAUACCUCGAUCUGUAUCAUACAUAUUUGAACGCAUCGGGAAGCUCAGUGACGCGCAGUACAGAGUGUACAUCUCUUAUCUUGAAAUAUACAAUGAUAAUGGGUACGACCUUUUGUACAGGGAAUCAGAUGAUGUCAGCGAACUGCACAACUUGCCGUCCGUCAGCUUACAGGAGGAUGAGGACGGGCAAAUGCAUCUCCGGGGACUUAGUGUCAAUACGGUACCUAACGAAGAGGAAGCAUUGAACCUUCUAUUCUUGGGUGAUACUAACAGAGUUGUAGCAGAGACGCCUAUGAACGAUUCCUCCACGCGGAGUCACUGCAUGUUUAUAAUCUGGAUCGAAGCCACAAUACCAGGUUCGGACACUGUUCGCCGAAGCAAGCUCCAUCUGGUCGAUCUGGCUGGUAGCGAGCGCAUCAAAAAGACGCAAGUCGGCGGGCAGCUCGCGAACGAGUCGCGGUUCAUCAACGUCUCCUUGCACUUCCUUGAACAAGUAAUUGUAUGUCUUCAUGAGAAAUCAAUAGGGAAGCGUAGCCACAUACCAUACCGGAACAGUAUGAUGACCAGCGUACUCCGGGAUUCCUUGGGCGGCAACUGCCGUACUAGUAUGAUCGGAACACUCUCAAUGGACGGUCGCUCCAUCGAAGAGAGUAUUAGUACUUGCCGGUUCGCACAGCGAGUGGGCCUCAUUAAGAACGAGGCUCGCGUCAACGAAGAGAUCGAUCCCAGCCUGCUCAUUCGGCGCUUGAAACGACAGGUUGCUGAGCUACAAGAGGAGCUCAGAAUUCUCAAAGGCGACCAACAGGAAGAAGUUCUCACCUCGGAAGAUCUGUCACACUUGAGGGCCUUGGUAGAAUCAUACAUAAAAGAUGGUGAAUCUACUGACAGUCACCUCGUUUGCGGAUCUAUGAAGAAGAUCCAAGCAUGCUUCUCAAUACUACGCGAUAUGGUCACCAAGCCCAUGACCGAUACUGGUCCUAUUAUUGCAGCUAGAAGUGCCCCGAAAGGUAGCGAUGAAGCCCAGGUCCAACAACUUCAACUACAAAUCGCUCAGCGAGAUCAGGAGUUGGCGGUCCUACUGGGCAUGCUGAAUAAAAGUAGCGAUUCGGCACUUCCGGAGGGCGGGUGUGAUCAGUCGAGGGUGCGUCCUGCUGUUGAUUCAAGUGGUGCUCAGGGGGGAGCCCCACAUCAUCCUUCAACUGUCGGGAGUGCUGAGUGGCUCGAGCACAUCACGGGGGAGUCACCAGCGACUUUACUCCUUGAUCGACAGCGAUGCUUUGAACUAUUCCGGAAGUCCAUUCGCCGCACAGAAACAUUAACUGAGAACAAGGAGCUCCUUCGGAAGCUUUGCGAGGAGGCUAAAGCCCUCGGUAAGGAGGCCAACACUGCGAGGGACAUUGUGAACAGGGAGAAGGAGAGCAUUGAUAAAGUGCGGAAACGAGCCAUUCUACUCGGCCAUGAUGGAGAUAAGCUCCCUGAGGAGUACGAGAAGGAGAUACGAUCGUGUACCCAAAGCAUUGAAGAACAGACAGCGGUGUACAAGGCAUGCGCUGACAAGCUGCGAGGAGUCCGAUCUGACAUUGAGCGCAUACAGAAGAUGAUGGAGCAGAGUCGUAUGAGACUUCAGAAAGAUUUCGAGAAAUGGUAUGCUAGUAUCAGACGCCACGUAGAUGUGAAUUCGCUGUCCAAAGAGACCAAAAAAGAAAUACUCGAUAAGGCAGGAAAGGACACGGCUGAACAUCUCCGUAAAUACGAGGUGGCCAGGGAGAACAUCCUCAAUGCAGGCAGCUAG